AUGGAUGUGUUUCAUUCACUUUCAUCAACUUCAACUAUUCUCGCUUCGAUAAUCUUUCUGUUCUCACUAAUAUGGAUAUUCAGGAAUACUUGGAAGGCCAUAAACAGGAAGACGGAAGCACCGGUAGCUGGAAAUUCAUGGCCUGUGAUCGGCCAUCUCCACCUCCUAAGAGGACCCAAACCACCCCACAAAAUCCUAAGCGAAAUGGCCGAGAAAUACGGUCCGAUCUUCACCAUCAAGAUGGGUGUUCACAGAGCUUUGAUCGUCAGCGACCAUGAAACUGCUAAAGAGUGUUUAACCGUCAACGACAAAGCCUUCGCCAAUCGUCCAUCCACACUUGUCAUGGAGUUCUUGAGUUACAACCACGCCAUGUUUGGGUUCGCCCCUUACGGAAAUCACUGGCGUCAAAUGCGUAAACUCGCCACUCUUGAGCUCCUCUCCAACUACCGCCUCGAACGACUCAGGCAUGUCCGAGAAUCCGAGAUCAAAACAUCGCUGAAAGAGUUAUAUCAGCUUUGGGACGAGAAAAAAGAUGGAUCAGAUAACCUUUUGGUGGACAUGAGGAAAUGGUUUGAGAGUGCAACUCUUAACGUGAUUCUAAGGAUGAUCGUAGGGAAACGGAUUCCGAGUUCUGGUACUGAUGCAGAGAGUGAGAAAUGGAAGAAAGCGUUGAAGGAUUUCUUUGAUUUGAGCGGGAAAUUCGUGAUAUCCGAUGCGCUGCCAUAUUUAAGAUGGUUCGACAUCGGGGGAGACGAGAGGUUGAUGAAGAAAGUAAAAAAAGAACUAGACGAAGUAGCUCAGGGAUGGUUACAAGAUCACAAGCGAAAGAGAUCAUCAACUGAUACAUCGAACAACAACAACGAAGAUUUCAUGGAUGUUAUGCUUUCAAUGACCAUGGAGACAGAGAAGCAUGAUGCCGAUACCAUCAACAAAGCCUCCUGCCUGAGUAUGAUCUUAGCAGCUUCAGAUACAACAAUGGUGACACUUACAUGGGCUAUGUCUUUACUACUCAACAACAGGGAUGAACUGAGGAAGUUACAGCAAGAACUAGACAUUCAUGUCGGAAAAGAGAGAUUGGUCCAAGAAUCAGACAUUAAGAACUUAGUCUACCUUAAAGCAAUCAUCAAAGAAACACUGCGUUUAUAUCCCGCCGGACCACUUGGGGUGCCCCAUGAAUCCAUGGAAGACUGCACUGUUCGAGGCUACCACAUUUCCGCAGGGACCCGACUGUUCAUCAAUCUUUCUAAACUUCAUCGCGACCCACGAGUGUGGUCCGAUCCUUGUGAAUUUCGUCCCCAAAGGUUCCUAACAACCCACAAAGAUAUUGAUCUUAGAGGCCAGAAUUUCGAGCUGAUUCCAUUUUCGAGUGGUCGUAGAAUGUGCCCCGGAGUUUCGUUUGGGGUUCAAGUGUUGGAACUGGUACUGGCUAGUGUGGUGCAAGGGUUCGAGUUGAAGACGCCAUUGGACGAAGUAGUUGAUAUGAGUGAAGGCAUUGGACUGACGAAUCUGAAAGCCACUCCCCUUCAACUUCUCAUAACUCCACGCCUCCCUUCUUCUUGCUAUUAGCUUUUUAAUUUACUUGAAAAUAAUGUCGAAUCUUUUUAAGUUGUUAAACC